AUGUUUUGCUCCAAAAGUACCACGGAACGUACAAGAGAAUGCAUGCGACAGUAUCGGAUUAGAAGUCGUAAUAAUGAAAUAUUAAAAACAACUCAAAAUGGACAAAAGGAAGAUCUUUCUAUGGAUACUUCAAACAUAAUGAAUAUAGCCACCAAUGAUAUGACAAAUGAUCCUAUCAAUAUCACAAUUGAUUCUAGAAGUGCUUCUCCUAUUCCUGAAUCAUCUAAUGAUGAAGAAUCAAGUCUUGACGAUAUUACGAAUGAUGAAUUCGAAGAUGAAAAUGACAAUGAUAAUAUUGAUGAAUAUAUUCUUUUGUACGAUUUGAACAAUCAAACAAAAUUAUUUUCAUCAUGCCCAUUAUCUAUACGUGAAGCAUGUCAUGCUAUUAUUCGGUUAGCUCGUCGUCUAAACUUGGAUAAAAGUGGAAUAGAGUUUUUAUUAAAUGAUAUUCGAUGUCUUUUCCCAAUGGAUGUUAAAUUACCACGUACACUUAAAGGACUGAUGAAAAUCGUUGGUAUGUA